UCUGGUGUGUGUAACAGUGUUUUUUUAGGUUGUAAGUUGUUGGUGUUGAGACUCUUUUGAGAGCAUAUACUUAGAGUUGUGUAUGGUCAACUGAAGUAUUGUGAUAUGGAAAAAUGACCAGCUUCAAUCCAAGCUCAUGGAAAAACAUUUUGACAAUAUACAGAAACCCGAGGCUAAAACUGUUGCACCAACAAUGCAAAGGCCAGCUAAGACAAUUACAUCUCACUUCGAAAUGUAACCAAUAUUCCCAGAAGGGCAAUGAAAAGAGCUCGUUUUUUCAAUUACUCUUUAAUAAUUUAAAGCAACAUAUGAACAAAGCAAAAAGCCGGCACCAAAACAGAUGGCAAUACUAUUGGUCAAGCCAAAGCAGGCUCGCAGAAUCACUGUAUCAUUAUUUAUACCCUAAACGUCCAGUGUACUUCAUUGCGGGUGCUGCAUGCUCAUUUUCAUGGGACAAAAAUGGGAUCACUGAUGCAGAAUUGGAUGAGCAUGUGAAUGAAUUGUACAUGCUGAAACAAGAUCCGGUUGACAACCAAUCCUGUGUAAACGCAAACGAACAAGAAUUUAACACCCCGAGUUACUGGGAGAUGAUAUUAGACAAACCAGACAUAAAGAUUUGGAGAUUACCAUACAAAGACACAGAGUUUAUGCAGUACAAAGUGUUUGGAAGAUUCAAGGACGUUACCGCACGCCAGUUUUUUACCAUACAGGUUGAUGAUAUUUAUCGUAAAAAGUGGGACGACCAUGUACUAAGUAUUAAUGUUUUGGAAAGUAACCCCAAAAAUGGAGAGAAGGUUGUUCAGUGGGUUUCACAUUUUCCGUAUCCAUUCAAUCCAAGGGAGUAUGUAUACGUACGACGAGCUAAGGAAUCCCUGAGUAUGUGGAGAAACUGCACACAGCUGCAAAGAAUCUAAACCGACAGUUUCCAGCAAAAAUAACCAACAAUUUUUCCGAAAUGCAUUAUGAAAUAUCAACCUUUGAUUCAAGAAGAAUUCAAAAGUCAAUGUAAUUUACACUCCCAAAUGUCUCUUAAAAAAUACUGUGUUCACUACUUUAAACUAUACAUUUAAACAUCUGUCCGAUAUUAUAACCCCAGGUGCCUGUAUACAAAGGUGUGCUGUGUGUAUUUGUUUGGUUACUUGUUCCGCCCGUAUGUAUUUGUUCUACAACUCAACCUGUUUCCGCUUUGAUUCAAGUACAACUUAUUUUCUACAU